AAUAUAUAAUCCACAAUUUACAACGCUCUUUCAGAGAGCUUUAUCCACUUCCCAUGGCGUCUUCCGCCGCUUCUCCCUCCUUAUCUCUACUCUCACUCACUUCAAAACCUCCUCCAUCUCCCUCCUCCGCCACCGCCACCACGCAUCGUAUUUUCCCUUCAUUCAGAACCAACGCCGGUUUCGCGCCUCUAAGACUAAACCCCCGCCGCGGCCGUUCAAUCAUCGUCAAAGUAGACGACGGCGAUGCCGACGGAGGUGGACAGGACGAGUACGACAUGGACGACGAGGAAGUGGAGGAAGUGGACAACAAGAAGGACUACGACGUCGAGUACGACCCCUUGGCCGCCGCGAUGGCAGCCGCUAGCGGCGGCGGCGGCGACGGAGACAUCGCGUUCGUGCAGAGCAAGAGCUUCAUAUCGACGCAGGGGUGGGACUCGGAGAUGGUGGUUGAUUACAGGAUAAACGAAGACGAGUUCCAUAAGAUCAGCUUGCUGGACUGCGACUUCUUCAUCAGGAAACCGCCUGAUCCUGAUAACGAUGUUUAUGACUUCAGAGAGAUGUAUGUUACUCCUCCGGAUACAGAUAUUUACUCGAUUCCAAGAGUUCUUGCUCCAAUGCCUCAAAAGUAUAUCCGAUGUGCGAUGAGUGACUAUGGAUGUUACGAUGUCACCGAACCGCCUAUUGAUGCUCCCAGAGAUCCACUAUACAAAUCUGUGAGGGAGAUAUCCAAGGUUUUCUUGACAAAGCAUUAUCGGAACAGAAGGUUAAACGACCCAGAGUUUGUGCUAGACCUUGAAGAGAUCUAUGUUAUUGACUCCAAGACGAAGUCAAUCACCAGAGCCAGAGUUCUGGUGACAGUUCCGGGAGGAAGAAAAAGGGAUAGGAAGGAUGACUUGCUUGUGAUACGUGAUAAUGGAAACUCCUUUAAAAUCAUACACGCGGGGGAAAGAGAUGACCCAACAACGGUAAUAGAAAGGGAAGAGUGGACCAAAACUCGAGAAGACAUGGAGAAACAUCUCAGAAAGCUUCGAGACUUCAGUGUCUCAAAUUGGUUCUAAAAAUUCAAAAAGAAACCAAGCGACAACUCAGCAAAAAAUUCUUCCUGGGGUGGAGUACGAGAGAAGAUGGAGGGGCCAAAGAUGUGUUGUUCCAUAGUAUACAAUGUUUUCUGACCCCAUGUACUUUACUAGCUAGCAGCAGAGUUGAAUGCGUGCGUUAGUGGAUGAUAUAGGCUCUACUCUAGAACAAGUGUAUGCAGAUGCAUAGUUUUGAUGAACUUAAUAUUUAAUGACUAGAGAAGCUAGCUUCUCUAUUUUGUUAGUUGACAAA